AUGUUUGCAUCACUCCUUUCGUAUAUACUAUGCAUAUUAUCUCUCUGUCAGCUGGCCUCUCUGGUAGAGGCGGUGCACAUCCCGACGGUUCCCCGAAACCACACUGCACGCUACACCGUCCCACCUCCACACCCGUUGCUUUACACCUCCACCUUCACAAAGAAGCACCUUGCAUUGCUCAGAAACGAGACAAAAGAGCUAUUUGACUUUGCAUGGAAAAGCUACAUCCAAUUUGGCUUCCCCUCGGACGAAGUGGCCCCCUUGACAUGCAUGCCCCUCGGCCCCGACUACGAGGACCCCACCAACUAUUACAAAAACGACGUCAUGGGAAACUACUCUCUCAUGCUUUUUGAUAACCUCGACACCUUUGUUGUGAUGGACGACUACGAAGGGUGGCGAAAUGCCCUCAGUUUGGUCAAAGAACACUACCAGGACUUCAGCAUCAACGUCACGGUCCAGGUGUUUGAGGUAAAUAUCCGGGUCUUGGGUGGCUUGCUCUCAGCGCACUUGUUCGCGUCGGAUGAUAGCAGCCGGUUUAGCCUCCCAGACUACGAUGGCUUCUUGCUAGACUUGGCCCAUGACCUAGGCACCAGAUUACUCCCGGCCUACGAGUAUACUGCGAGUAAGGGCAUUCCGUUACCCCGAGUCAAUCUCAAGUACGGACUAUCGCGCUAUGUCACGGAAAACCACCAAAGGGACAACUGUGUGGCCGGGUCUACCAUUAUUGUGGAGUUUGGCUUGCUCAGCCGUCUUACAGGCGACGACAGGUUUUUACAGAGCUCCGUCAAAACGUUGAAGCAUGUCUGGAGCAAGCGGUCCGAGCUUGGCUUGCUCCCUACAAGCUAUAAUCCGAGAGAUGGCCAGCCAAUGGACUCCUUUACGGGGAUAGGUGCGUCGGUAGACUCGUUCUACGAAUACUUGCUCAAAUACUCGGUCUUGUUUGGCGAGGGCGACGAGCACCACGAGUUGGUGUACGGCAUGUGGAAAGACAGCUACAAAGCCCUUACCGCAAACUCUCGGAACGAGUGGCUCUAUGGCAAUGUGGAUACCAAAGCCGGCUUCAUGGUGAGUGCUUGGGUUGAUGCCCUUAUGGCGUUUUGGCCGGGGUUGCAAGUCUUGAACGGGGACGUCAAGGACGCAGCCAGAUAUAACACCUUGUAUUUGAAGCUAUGGAACACGUAUGGGGGGAUCCCCGAGCGCUGGACGUUUUAUCGCACCACCCAAAGGCUACCGAGUGGGGUCGACACGUUUGAUCCCAUCGGGUUGGAGUGGUACCCCCUCAGACCAGAGUUCAUUGAAAGUUGCUACCACCUUUACAGAGCCACCAAGGACCCACUCUAUCUCCAAAUUGGCCAGCGGAUUUUGCAGGACUUUAGAGAGGUGUUUAUCGCACCGUGUGGGUUUGCCGGGUUCCAGAACAUAAAGUCGGGCGAGAGGGCCAACCGAAUGGAGAGCUUUGCGUUGAGCGAAACCCUCAAGUACUUGUACUUACUCUUUGACGAGGACAAUUUAGUGCACUCCCAUGCAUUCCACAACGGCAAGAGCCUAGUGUUUAGCACGGAAGCCCACCCUCUCUGGUUCAACAACAGAAUGGAUCCUCGCCGGAAUAAGACUUUGAAGAACUUUGGCCGUCAAGGCCAAACACAGAUGGCUUCAAGCGAUCUAGGGUUCAAGGCUUUGUACAAACUCGAGCAAACAGCCAUGCCGGACCUUGGUGUCUUGGGCUUGAAAACAGAGCCGUUUGUCGCUCUCCACGAAGGGAGCGGUUGGUGUGAGGUCCCAGAAACCUGCCCCAAGGCUUCCGAGUUCAUGUCGUCUCGGCUUCUCGGUUGGAGCGAGCUCUACCGUUUCGAUAAUGCGUACAAGGAUGUUUUGUACAAACCUCUGUUCUAUGAAAAUGAUUCUAUCCCGAAACAAAUCGAGACGGAACGCGGUUUCUACAAUCUCUACUCCCAUCCCCGGGGCCUUCAAUGCCCCAGGGAAAAGACCACCAAAGAUUACGACGUCGUUGUGGGCCCUGUGAGCAAAAUACCACUAAACACGAUGCUAAGAGUUCUCGCGGUGGCGAAAGAGUACGAAGGGAUCAUUUUUCCUGGCGACAUCUGGAUGCCGCGCUUAGCAGGAACCAGAUUGCAAGUCGAAAGCUUGAGAUCCGGUCAGGUAGACUCCGCUAACAUUGAUAUCACGACCGAGUUUGUGGAAUCGUUCCACCUCACCACUAGCGAUGCGAUGUGUCCGUUGAACCCCAACGAUCACGUCGAGUGGACGAACGUGUUGAGGUUGCGCAUGGUGAACGGUCACUUAAUUGGGCACAAUUCCAUGGUCUGGACGCUUCCAUUCGAUGCUACGACUGAAAAAGAAAUCACGGUCGGAGAGAAUGGCAUUAUUUUCAUUACUGGGUACCCGGUAGAGAACUUGAGAGUCUGGUACGGAGUUGGUUAG